AUGUUGGAACAUUGUAUUAAUGGUAGAAUUUUACUUCCAACAACUGGUUAUUUGGUAUUUGUUUGGCAAACUUUUGCAAUGAUUAUUGGAAAUUUUAAAAUUAUUGAUGGUAAAACAACAAUUGUUACAGGAUACAUUCAUCAGAUGAUUGAUUCAUCUGUUGAAAAAAUUGGUACAGCUGUUAAUAUUGAAGAAGAAAAAGAUGCUGAACAAAUGAACAAUUCAGAUAUUUAUCAAGAAUGUCAAGUUCGUGGAUAUUAUUAUACUGGUGUAUUUCAAGGUAUAAAAAGUUGCUCAAUAAAUAAAACUUGUGGUAAAUUUAUCUGGAAUAAUAACUGGAUAACAUUUUUGGACAGUUUAAUACAGUUGAAAAUUUUAUCAGUAAAUACAGAAAAUUUAAUUAUUCCAAGUUCGAUUGAAAAACUUGUUAUUGAUGUAAAAGCUCAUGAAGAUGAUAUUUGUAAUUUGUCUGAUGAUGAUGAUGAUGAUGAUGAUGAUGAUAAAUCAGUAUCAGCAAUUUACAAUAAAAAUUACGAUAUUGUAAUUUCAAAAGGUGUGGAAAUUAGAGGUAUUGGAACAAGUAUUAUUUCACGAAAAAAACAAUCAAAUAUAUCAUUAGAAUACUAUGAAUUUGUUGCAAACAUUGAUGAUGAAAAAAUUACACUGGAAGAAGCCAUUCGUGUAGCUACACAUUUAGCAUUGGAAAAUAAUCUUGAUAAGUUUAUUAAAAUAUUUGAAUUUCUUGAUACAAAUGACAGUGAUAAUGUUAAAGAUUUACUUUCACCAAUAAUUGUUCAAACUACCAAUGAUAAUAUUCACCUUGGAACUGAAAUUGAAAUAGUCAUUGACAAUAAUUGUCAGACUAUUAAAUCAUUAGACAAUCUUCCUCAGUCUGUUAAAAUUAUUGAAUUUAUAAAAUUAACAGACUCAAACGCCCUGAUGGCAAGUGGAAAAAAUAUAUUAUUUUCUAAUAAAAUAUCAACGAUACUUGCAAGUAUUAGAGAUGAUGGUUUUAUCUUGACAAUUGAAAAAACAAAAAAUUUAUCAAUAAUGUUGUUGAGAAAACAUGAAAAAAAAACAAUAAAAAAUGACUUAAUAGUUAUUGAAGUUGAUGAUAAUUUAUUAUGUGGAAUGUUAGGAUUAUUAACAAGCCUACGACAAGAAAAAAUUGGUGAAAAAAUUCGAGGAUUUGUAUUGCAAGAUCCAAAUGCUCCAGACUUUGAUUUAUCACAUCCUUUAUAUAAAAAUCAAUUGAAUCUUGAUUUAGUAAUGAAUGUAUUACGUCCAGGAAAUACUUGGGAUGGACCAAUUACUGAAGAUUUUAAUCAUCCUGAUUUAGUUAAAAUUAUUUAUUCAGCAAUCAACUAUCGUGAUGUUAUGGUGGCAACUAGAAAAAUUCCAAUCGAAACAAUUGCACGUAAUAAAGCUGAAGAAGAAUGUAUGCUAGGUAUUGAAUACUCUGGUGUUGAUAUUGAAAAUAAAAAAAUUAUGGGUCUCAUGACAUCACGAAGCAUCACAAAUUUAGCUAUUGUUGAUCGUAAUUUGUCUUGGAAAAUUCCAGAUAAUUGGAGUUUUGAAGAUGCAGCAACUGUACCAUGUGCAUAUGGUAUUGCAUAUUAUGCUCUUUAUAUCAAUGGAAAUAUAAAAAAAGGUGAAAAAAUAUUAAUUCAUUCUGGAUCUGGUGGUGUUGGACAAGCAGCAAUUAUCCUUGCAUUGAAUGAAAAUUGUGAAAUAUUUACAACUGUUGGAACACUAGAAAAAAGAAAAUUUAUAAAAAAUAAAUUUCCUCAAAUUCUUGAUGAUCAUAUUGGUUAUUCAAGAGAUUCAAGUUUUGAAAAUAUGAUAUUAAAAUCAACCAAAGGCAGAGGUGUUGAUAUUGUUUUAAAUUCAUCAACUGAAAAUACAUUUAAAGCAUCAAUAAAAUGUCUAGCUAAUAAAGGAAGAUUUAUUAAAAUUGGAAAUAUUAUUAUGUCAAAUGAUACAUCAAUACAAAUGACUGAUAUUUUAUCAAAAAACAUAAAUGGUUUAGAUAGUGAUGUUAUAAAGCCACUUGCAAGAAUGGUUUAUUCGAAAAAUCAAUUGGAAGAUGCAUUUCAUAAAUGUUACAUGAUCAUUGGUGGUCUUGGUGGACUAGGUUUAGAAUUAGCAAAUUGGCUUGUUCUUCGUGGUGCUAAAAAUCUUGUAAUAACAUGUCGUUCAGGCAUUAAAAAUGGAUAUCAAUUGAUGCGAAUUAAACAAUGGGAAUCAUGUGGUACAAAAGUUGUUAUAAUUUGUGAUAAAAAUGUUUGCAAUUAUGAGGAUUGUAUUGAUAUUCUCAAUGAAGCAACAAAGAUUGCACCAAUUGAUGAAUCAUUUAAAUCAAAAGCUUGGAGUACAAUUAAUCUUGAUAAAUUAACAAGAAUAAUUUGUCCAACUCUUCGAUAUUUUGUUGUAUUUUCAUCAGUUGCAUGUGGCAAAGGCAAUGAGGGACAAACAAAUUAUGGUAUGGCAAAUAGCAUUAUGGAAAGAAUAUGUGAAAUAAGAAAGAAAGAAGGAUUUCCAGCAUUGGUUAUUCAAUGGGCAGCUAUUGGUGAUGCUGGAAUUGUUGCAAGAAUGCAAAAAAAAUCUAAAAAAGAACUUGAAAUUGGUGGAACUAUUCAACAAAAAAUAUAUUCAUGUUUACAACUACUUGAUGAUUUUCUGCUGCAAUCAAAAACAAUUGUUGCAACUUCAAUUCAAUAUUUACCUAUCAAAUCAUGA